GUUGACCUCACCAGUACGAUCUCCCCCUCCAUCUCCUGCCCGCCCUUCUGAUUUCCUCCUGGACAACAAAUUCUAGGGUUAGGGUUAGGGUUUCCUCGUUUUUCUCCUUCCAGAUGGCUGUGGCGGUGGCGAACAUGACCACGGCGGCGUUGGAUUGGGUAUCGGUGAAGUUCAAUGCGCCCCUUGCUGGGAUGGUUGUUUUUGGAGUACAUAUUCAUGGGCAUUUGGUUGUGGAAGUGCUACUCAUUGCUGUCAUACUUUUUCAGCUGUCCAGGAAGAGUUACAAGCCUCCAAAGAAGCCUUUGACUGAGAAGGAAAUAGAUGAUCUCUGUGAUGAAUGGGCACCAGAACCUCUUCACCCUCCUAUAACAGAGGAGAUGCUUUCUGAACCACCAACUUUAGAAAGUGCUGCUGGGCCUCAUACUAUUAUUGAUGGAAAAGAAGUUGUUAAUUUUGCUUCUGCAAAUUAUCUUGGUUUGAUUGGACAUGAGAAGAUAAAUGAUUCAUGCAUUGGUUCAUUGGAGAAGUAUGGUGUAGGAUCUUGUGGGCCUCGUGGUUUUUACGGAACAAUUGAUGUGCACCUUGAUUGCGAGGCCAGAAUCUCAAAGUUUUUGGGCACCCCUGAUUCAAUACUCUACUCUUAUGGAAUUUCUACAAUUUUUAGUGUAAUUCCAGCCUUUUGUAAGAAAGGAGAUAUUAUAGUUGUUGAUGAGGGUGUACAUUGGGCAGUUCAAAAUGGGCUUUACUUAUCAAGAAGUACUAUUGUGUAUUUUAAGCAUAAUGAUAUGUCAUCACUGAAGAGCACCUUAGAGAAAGUUACUCGAGGUAAUCGGAGAGCAGAAAAGAUACGGCGCUAUAUUGUUGUUGAAGCUAUCUAUCAGAAUUCUGGUCAAAUAGCUCCUUUGGAUGAGAUUAUCAGAUUGAAAGAGAAAUAUCUAUUCCGAGUAGUCUUGGAUGAAAGUCAUUCAUUUGGUGUACUAGGAAGUUCUGGACGAGGUCUUGCUGAACACUAUGGGGUUCCUGUUGAGAAAAUUGAUAUAAUAACUGCUGGCAUGGGGAAUGCAUUGGCAACUGAUGGUGGAUUUUGCACGGGAAGUGUCAGAGUUGUUGAUCACCAGCGCCUCAGUAGCUCUGGCUAUGUCUUUUCAGCAUCUUUGCCUCCAUAUCUUGCUAGUGCUGCAAUUGCCGCUGUUGAUUAUUUGGAGGAGAAUCCAGCUCUUCUUUCAAAACUGAAGAGAAAUAUUGCGCUGUUAUGGAAUGAGUUAUCAGAGUUACCAAGUCUUAUUCUGGCAAGCAAUCCCCUAUCACCUAUCGUCUUCCUCAAGCUGAAGAGAUCAACAGGUUCCACCAAGGGUGACAUGAAGCUUCUUGAUGAAAUUGUUGAUAGGGUGUUGAAAGAAGAUUUGGUGUUCAUUGUCACCACAAAAAGGUCAACCUUAGACAAGUGCCGCCUCCCUGUUGGCCUUCGCAUCUUUGUAUCGGCAGGUCACACAGAGUCUGACCUGCUGAAAGCCUCUAAUUCACUGAGAAGAGUUACUGCUUUAGUGCUGUCUGAACUUGCCUGAACCUUUUCUUCUUGAUGAGGAAUUGGUGCAUCCACAAGAUGUCAAAUGGUCAAGUCUCUUCCUGUAAAUAGAGUAAACCUUUUCCUUUCAGUUUUCUCUUAACUAGGCCAUUAUUGUGCAUGUUGCAAAUGUUUUUUGUCAAUGAUAAUUUGGAACUAGAGUGGAUUUUUGUAAAAUAGUUCUUCUGAGAAAAAUACGAUUAUCUUAUUAAUCGUAUCAACUCAUACUAAUUAUAAAUGUGCCAUGCUUUUGAAGACCUAAUGAAUUUUCA